AGGCAGAUCUUUGAAGAACGUGGUCGCUACGAAUUGUACGGUGUUAUGCUUUUUUUCUCUUUUCACCAACGGUAGUACUACGCGUAAAAAAAAAACCUAUCACAACAUUGGGUUGUAUACGAUCCUUAGAAUUUUAUCAUUCAUUUGAAUUAAAGGGAUCUUUAAAUAUUGUAUUAAUCUCCGAUAUAAAUUUUACGUUACUUUCUGUGCUCGGAUUAAAAAGCUUCGAUUAAUAUAUACAUAUAUAUAUAUAUACACAUACAUACUUCUGAAUAAAACGGAAAAAUAAUUUUACGACGUUUACAUAACGGUGUAAAAUUUUCAUUUCUUUAACGAAGAAAAUGGAGGAUUCCUUUGAAAAUAUUAAUCCCAAAUUAUACAAAAAAAUAGAUGAAAGAGAAAUUACUGCGGAAGAUGAAGAUGAAGAUAUUGUAGAUGAAUUUGAUGCACGUGAAAUUUUCGAUUUGAUUAGAAACAUCAAUGAUCCUGAACAUCCUUUGACAUUGGAAGAAUUGAAUGUGGUAGAACAAAGUCUCAUCGAAAUUGAUAAUAAAGCAAGCACAGUUCACGUAAAAUUUACUCCAACGAUACCACAUUGCAGUAUGGCAACAUUAAUUGGUUUAUCAAUUAGAGUACAAUUACUGCGAGUUCUACCUUCAAGAUUUAAAGUUAGUGUUGAAAUUACACCAGGUACUCAUAUGUCAGAGGCAGCAGUAAAUAAGCAAUUAGCUGAUAAAGAAAGAAUAGCAGCAGCUCUUGAAAAUAAUCAUCUACUUGAAGUGAUUAAUCAAUGUAUUGGUAUAAAAUGUUAAUAUUAUCUAAAAAGUAUGAAAUUCAACAUAUAUCAUUUAUAAUUGUAUAUAAUUUAUUAGAGAUA